AUGAGGUCGGUUCCCUCGCCCGUCGCUCUCGCUUCCCCCGCCUACUACCCUCGCCUCGCCUGUCGCCCUCGCCGCUUCCCCGCCCGUCGCCCUCGCUUCCGCCCGUCACCGCCCAUCACCCUCCCUUCCGCCCGUCACCCUCCCUUCCACCCGUCGCCCUCCCUUCCGCCCGCCGCCCUUCCUUCCCCUCGUCGCGCUUCCUUCCGCCCGUCGCCCUCCCUUCGUCUCGUCGCCCUCCCUUCGUCUCGUCGCCCUCCCUUCCUCCCGUUGCCUUCCCGUCCGCCCGCCGCCCUUCUUUUCCCUCGUCGCGCUCCCUUCCCCCCGUUGCCCCCCUUCGUCUCGUCGCCUCUCUGUCGCUCGUCGCCCUCCUUCCCGCUCGUCCCCUCGCAAUCCCCGUCUCUCUCUCCCCCCGUCGCCCUCUCUUUCCCCGUCGCCCUCCCAUCCACUCCUUGUCCUCGCCAUCCCUCCCUUCUCCCUUCUCAUCUCGCACACUUGUCACGCCCCCUUUCCCACCUGCACAUGCACCCUUCCCAUUCCCGAAUAAUCGCCUUUCACCCCCACACUGCAUACAUCUCUCCCUUUUCCCCCCAUCAAUCGCCCUGCUCCCCACCGUCCUCCCCCCAGCUCUCUCCCCGGCAUCUCCCUCGCUCCCCACGUCCUCUUCCCUGCUUCCCCCCAUCCCCUUCCGUGCUUCCCUCCAUCCCCUUCCGUGCUUCCCCCCAUCCCCUUCCGUGCUUCCCCCCAUCCCCUUCCCUGCUUCCCCCCAUCCCCUUCCCUGCUUCCCCCCAUCCCCUUCCGUGCUUCCCCCCAUCCCCUUCCGUGCUUGCCCCCAUCCCCUUCCGUGCUUCCCCCCGUCCCCUUCCGUGCUUCCCCCCAUCCCCUUCCCUGCUUCCCCCCAUCCCCUUCCCUGCUUCCCCCCAUCCCCUUCCCUGCUUCCCCCCAUCGCCUUCCCUGCUUCCCCCCAUCCCCUUCCCUGCUUCCCCCCAUCCCCUUCCCUGCUUCCUCCAUCCUCUCGCACUCUCACUCUCCUUCCCCCACCCUCUGCCCUGUUCCCACCUAGGAAACCCCAUCCCUGCCUUUUCCUCCCACCCUCCUUCCCCCACUCUCCCUCCUCCUGCACUCUCUCCCUCCGUCCUCUCGCACUCUCACUCUCCUGCACCCUCUGCCCUGUUCCCACGUGCCCUCCCCAUCCCUGCCUUUUCCUCCCUGCUCCGCCCUUCCCUCCCCCAGCCGUUCACAACCCUUCCCUUCCUUUUCAUGCCCUACCCUUCCCCCUCACUCCUCACCUUCCGCCCUCUAAUACCCAUGCAUGUGCACCCAUUAGUGUCUCCCCAUACAUGCUUUCAUUAUGUGCGCUUGUGUGUAUUCCCCUGCCGUUGUUCCCUUGCACCUCACUCCACCUCCCCCAUGUUUCUUCACACGAAUCUUUCUGCCUACUCCAAUCUCCCCUAUUUUUCAGUGGUGAAGCAGAGGAGCAAGCUGAGGCGCAGCUAG